AUGAAGUAUGCAACAAUCGUCUCGUUGCUUCUGCUGGUGCUCAUCGGCGACGGCUCGCACGUGAAUCCGAGCCUCCGCGACUUCCACAAUCACAUCUCGAUUCUGCCACGCAUCGCCAACGUCCUCUACCUCGAAGCGGCUCUUCUGAAUGGAUCCGUGAGUGCGACAGAGAUCACAGGACAGUUGAUGGGCAAACGUGUCAAUGAGGAGGUUUUCAAGGAGUACGAGCAGAAGAGCACGGUGAAUGGGAUCGAAGAGCAAAACGCACUGCUCGAGUUGUUGGAGAGUAAGGAGAAAAGUCGGGUUGAGGAGGAGAAGAGAAAUCAGUUGAAUGAUGUGAUCGAAAUGGCCGAGAAGAUCAGAGCAAAUGUUUCAUUAUUUGAAACUGUCAAAGAGGCACUUGUAUCCAAAUCGCCGGCUCUCAUUGAAAAGGCACUGAAGGAGGUGAUUAUGAAUAAUGUUUCGGAAAUUCUUACCGAGGAUGAUAUAAAAAAAGAUAUUAGCCAGCUUGACGACGCACGAGAGGCUCUUCUUGAAAUUAGUCGCUACCGAACGUAUAAAAACAUUGAUUGGGACACGUUCUCAUCGCCUCAAUCCAAAUUAAAAAUGUUUAUCUGGUAUGCGAAAGACAAAACUUUAGAUGUUUUCAAAGGCCAUCAUAAUUCGUUUUACACAAAAUUUGAGGCGUAUUUCGUGGAUAAUACUCCGAUCGAAGACAUUUAUCGAGGAGUGAAGGCAAUGAAAGAGAAUGAGGACCUUUUGAGACAGCUCAAAGAAUGGAUUACGGUAGCGGACGAGUGGAAGCCGGAACUGGACAAGUUGAAAGAGUUGAGGGACAGUGAUGUGCCGAAGAAGUUGGGCGACUUUCUGAAUGUUCUGAAUAGCAGUGCGACUUCAUUUGAGCUGAGCUCAUCGCAAAACGACAGAGAUCUGAUACCCGGUCUUCCGAGCUGCGUGGAUGAUAUUUCGAUGAUUCCCGAUGACGUGGCACAGGGAUGGUUGGGACCGCGAUCGGAGAAGUUGUUGCCACUUCUGAAGCCCAUCCACACGUACCUGGAAUUUCAUCGAAACACUGAAAGCGAGCUGAAUAGUCUGGAGAAGAGGUUUCCGAAAAAACUGCGAUCGCUUCGAAACGAGUUGGCAACUCUGUCCACUUCUGUGCUCAGUCUCCAGAACAAUCAGUCGACCAUUCCACCGAAUGAUUUCUCUAAAAACUUUGAAGACUUCAAAUCUUGUGUCAAUCACCUGAAUGAGAUUACUGUUGGCCAUGUACUUGCCGACAUUGAAUGGGCUUAUGACAGGGUUGUCGCCCUUCAAAACUCGUAUAAACCUAUGAAGAAUAUACGCGAAAUGUUGGCUGGGGAGCACACAAAGUUCGACGAACUCCUUGAAAAGGUAGAAGCUCUUCCAAGUAAACCAUCACAGGAACAAUUCGAACAAAUUAAUAUGACCCAGUAUAUAGAGAUCGCAGAUUCUGUCAAUUAUACGAGAGGAACCAUUACUUUUCCAUCAGUUCUUCUGGAGUUUCUAAAGGAGAAUAACAGUGCUUUGAUCCAGGACAAAAUGAAAAUUGCGCUUGAGGCACUGGAAAAGAGUGGAUUCAAAGCAGCAAUGGAUUGUCUUUCGGGCAUUUCCACGGAUGUGUUGAAGAAAGCCAUCAAAGUUUCGAGUGAAAAGUGGGCGCUCGAUUACGUGGACUUGAUGGAAAGUACGGUGGAAACAGUGGAUCGGAUGAAAGAGACGAGACGUCGAUUGGGACGGAUGAAGAGCGCAAGUGGAUGGAACGGAUUGGGAACGGACUCGGCGACGGAGCACACGGUUCGCACGUUCCGAAUGACGAAGGAAGAGGUGAAGGAGCUGACGGACGGAGUGCACGCAUUCGCAAGUGUGGUGGGCAUCCAGGAGCAGUGGCAGAAGGCGAAGCGCAAGAAGGAGGCGCUGAACAUGACUGAUCUCGUCGAGUCUUGGCGUCCACUCGAGGAGGCGCUCGAUCAGUUCGCCGCCGAACUCUCUCACAUCCGUCUGGAUGCGCACAACCCCGCCGGCCGAUCCGAUGCUCUCGCCCGCCUCUCCCAGUUGUCGGUGUCCCUUCCGAACGUCUCCGCGCUCACUUUGCUCCUCGACGACCUGUCGCGGAACGACGAGCGGGCCGUGCUACUUGGCACCACUCUCCGCCAACUCCAACUCUUCGUAUCCGAAUUUGAGAGCGGCAAACAACACGUUUUCGAGAAGAUGGAGAAGGCGUUGAGUGUGAUGGACGAGUGGCUGAAAGCGGUGAUGGAACCGACGGAUGGUCGCGGAGAGCCGUACUGUGAUUGUGGAGUGGUUGGUUGCAAGCGUCUUUAAGAAACCGCCGCAGCCGCCCCAAUUUGUCCUCCUUUUCAGCCCUCAACUCCGACCUGCUUCUCCACUUGUUCCAAAAGAUCAACUCGCCCGAAAAUGUUCAGGUCAGUCAAGCGCGCCGUUUUCUCGAUUUUCAGCCUAAAAUGUCUGUUUCAGAUGAACCAGUUCCAGUCAAAUUCACUCGCUUAGCACUUGGUAAGUGAAAAAGAGAUGCCAGUGUCAACCUUAGGCAAGGUGGAUUUAUUAGUAGAGUACCGUUGCCUCUCUGAUCAUAGAAAACAAUAUAGGAGCUUCUGGAAGCUGGAAACAACUGAAAAAUAGCGUCCGAAAGAGAAAGUUUGUUUUCUCGAAGAUGAGCCGGUUCAGAAGAGUUCCAUUGUGUUAUUUGUCAUCUAGGACAGCAGUAGAGUCGAUUUGAAGCAAAUUCAGAUCAAGUAAUUGUUUGGGGAAAUUGAACGUUUUGCAAUGCGAAAAUUGUAUGCGAAAAUUUUCAAAAUCUCGAAAAAAUACUUGUCGACCUUCAAAACUUGUAUAAACCUAUGAAUAUCACGGUCUCCAGAGCUGACAAUGGGCGCGCAAGUGCGCCCCGCCGAAUAGAGCGAUACAUUGACGCGAAAUUUGUGUUUUUUGCCAGAUUAGCCACGAAAAACCGAUAAUUUCUCAUUUGUCUCUCGAUAGACCGAUUCUAUAGGCUGUUACGAAUUUUUUAAGCGCAAGAGCAUUAAAUUUGGACAAGUCGCAAAUCACAUUUAUCCGUUUGAAGGUUUUUGGCUAAAACUGCGUGAAUUUCAGUUGCUUUUCGGUAAUUUUCGCGGUUCGAGCGCUCAAAAUGCUUGUAUUUACGUGAUUUAUCAUUCACAAAACCAAUUCUGUCUGAAAACGGUCAAAAAAGCGCAAAAUGAGAAGGCGAAAAAGCAAAGUCCGCGAAAAAUGCGCCAAAACGUCAUUAAUUCUGAGAAUUAGUGUGUUUUCAUGUCGAACAAUCAUUUUUCAUCGCCUUUGACCACAAAAAUCAGAGAAAACCAUAGUUGCCACGGGCCGGGCCGGGCCGGGCCGGGCCGAAAUUUCCAAAACUCCGGCCCGGCCCGUCGGCCCGGUUCAAAAAGCGGGAAUUCAAAAUUUGAAUUAUUGAUCGCAUGAAGCCAUUUUUUGUAGAAUUAGGGGUUUUUUGCAAGCAUCGAACAUUGAAAAAAACAAAUGUAUUUCUCAUAAAAAAAUUCAUAAUAGCAAAAAAACAAAGAAGAAACACUAAAAACUUUAGUUCGAAAAAUUUUUUUGUAAUAACGGAAAAAUUUCCGCGAAAAAUUUGAAUUCCCGCCUUUUUGAACCGGGCCGACCGGGCCGGGCCGGGCCGGCACUUCACCGACCCGGCCCGGCCCGGGCCGGCACUUUACCGGCCCGGCCCGGCCCGCAUGGCCGGCCCGAAAUCUGGCAAGUCUGGAGAAAACCUGCUCUCAAUUCAUGAAAACGCCAUGCAAACGCCAUGAAAACGGGAGCACACAAAGUACGACGAACUCAUUGAAAAGCUAGAAGCUCUUCCAAAAAAAACCUUCACAGGAACAAUUCGAACAAAUAAAUAUGACCAAGUAUAUAGAAAUCAAAAAAUACUGAAAGAGAAGCCGCCCCAAUUUGUCCUCCUUUUCAGCCCUCAACUCCGACCUGCUUCUCCACUUGUUCCAAAAGAUCAACUCGCCCGAAAAUGUUCAAGUCAGUCAAGCGCGCCGUUUUCUCGAUUUUCAGCCUAAAAUGUCUGUUUCAGAUGAACCAGUUCCAGUCAAAGUCUCUCGCUUAG